ACGACAGAACUGCAGUUGUUCACCUGAAGCCAACAGCAGUACUUGCAACCGCAGCACACAGGACUGCUGGUUGACUGGCUGAAGCAGCGGCAGGCACACGGCAACCGCUCGAAACUGCGUAACGACGACGGCAACGCAACAACUUCGCUAGUUACUGCUGCUGUUGAGACAACUGUCGUGUCGCUAAUGUAGAGAUAAAUGGAGAUUGGCCGAUUAAUCGCAGUAGUGAUAGUUGCUGUUGCUGUUGACUAAUGCCGUGCUUCGGUUCGUACAGCCCCAGUUUGCAGUAAUGACAUGGUGCGUACGCCAAUGAUGCAACCGCUUAAGCCGCAAUUCAAAGAAUACUAGGAUACAUUGAGGAUAUUCUCCACGACCCAAUGGACAAAACUGGCAGCAGGAGCGGCGGCGGCACCACCAUCAGCAGCCAUCAAUGUCGGCGCUUAGAAUAGCAGUGAAGGUGGUGAAGUGUGUGCGGGAACGAGCAAUGCUGGGGGAGUUACCAACCAAUAAACAAAUAACCGUCACAGCCAGUUGUAGCUAAAGCUACUGUAUCUUUAUCAUUAUUGUCGUACAGGACUCUUAGCAGCGGCAGGUCAGCCAGCCAGCUAGCUGCUACGCAGGCAGGCAGGCAGCCAGACAGACAACAGGCCAUAGUUAUAUUGCAACGUUAUUAAAAUAGUGAUACAGCACAUACCGUCGCAGAGUGAAUAAGUGAAGUUGCUUGUUGUCGGUCAUAGUGUAACUGUCCGGUCAUUGCGUUCCGGUAGACAAAAUUGAUCCGAACUGUGACGACGACGACAUUCGGCGAUAGAAAGGGAGACCUAAAGAUAGAGACAUGGAGAUUCAUGUACUUAGCUUAAUAGCCAGUUAUAGUCAUAGUGGGAGUCAUCGUCGAAACGCACCAUAAAAACUUAGUUCUGCCGCUACCGCUGCCGUUAUUGUCCUUGUAUCGAGUGUGUGCCGAUAUGUCUAUACCUAGCAGAAUAGAUAGGUGAAGUUAGUUCGUGUGGUCAGGUCGACUAUUUGUGUACCUGUGGACCUGACUGUGGUGGUACGAGUGAUGGCGGAGAUGUUGUUGUUGCUGCUGCAGAUGUUGUCGUCGUCGUCGUCGUCGUCGCUGUCUGGGGGUGUGCGUACAUAGUUCUGGUACAUCGUGAACAGCGUGCACUGACCUCCUGUCCGAACUUGUGCUUUCUCGUGUAAUCGUAUCAUCGUUGCUGUUGUCAAACAACAAUCGUCGUUGUAGUAACCAAGUCUGAAGACGGUCGGCAAGUCAUCGCCGCAUGACAUUCGUCGUCCAUUAGCUUUGACGGCCAUGACGACGACAGUCGAUGAGAUUGCUCACUCGUCCCGGAGUGAAAAGCGUGGGGACCAGAAUCUCAAUAGAAGUGAACGAACGUCGCGGAUUUUUCUGUUAUCUCGUUGACAAGAAAUCUAUAGCUCCGACGUUUCCACACGAAGCGUUCUUGUUUUUCGAAGCAAACCGUAUUAUUGGAAAACGUCUCCAAACGUAGUAGGAGUAACAAACAGUGAAGGGCGAAAGUAAGAAACAACUGCCGUUGGAGUCGGACGGCUUGAGUGAGGUUGAGUCGUGUCUGCUUGUGUGAAUCGAGCUCUUAUCGUUAGACAUACGACUGUAAAUUCGGUUGUUGUUGGUUGGCGCCAUUCCGUCGUCACGCGCGCACACACACACACACACACACCCUUUCACACAAACAAACAAAAUGUCCUCUAAUAGGAAUGCACAGCCAGGAAGCGGGAACGGAACCACAGCCGGAAAGAUCUGUCAAUUUAAGCUCGUUCUUCUCGGCGAGAGCGCCGUUGGUAAAUCAUCGCUGGUGCUCCGUUUCGUUAAGGGGCAGUUCCACGAAUAUCAAGAGUCAACCAUUGGAGCCGCCUUCCUGACACAGACCGUCUGCCUGGAUGAUACCACGGUCAAGUUUGAAAUAUGGGACACGGCAGGCCAGGAAAGAUAUCACUCCCUUGCUCCUAUGUACUACCGAGGAGCGCAGGCUGCCAUUGUUGUUUAUGACCUGACGAACGCGGAUACGUUUUCACGAGCCAAGACCUGGGUCAAAGAGCUGCAACGACAGGCGUCGCCGAAUAUUGUAAUCGCGCUUGCCGGUAAUAAGGCUGAUCUAGCCAACAAACGAGCCGUUGAAACCGCCGAGGCUCAGGCUUACGCGGACGAGAAUCAGCUUCUCUUCAUGGAGACUUCAGCCAAGACUGCGUCUAACGUAAAUGAUAUUUUCCUGGCUAUCGCCAAAAAGCUGCCUAAGAAUGAGGCUGCAGGAGGAGCUGGGCGAAACCAAGGCAUUAACGUGGCACAAGGCGGAGAGAACACUUCGUCGGGUGGUUGCUGCAAAUAGAAUUUUUAACACGCACAUCCGCAAAAAGGCACUACACGUUGUCACAAAUACAAUACCACCCGAUACGCUGAUAUUAUAAUGAAGCAAGACAAAGCAACAACAAAUCACAACAAAAUGAUAACAACAACUAGGAAAAACAACAGGACGUCACGCCGCCCUAGUAACCUCUGUUUAUCGGCAUUCUUCUCUUUGACAAAACCAAACGGCCCUCUCACGCAUCGGAAUCCACUGAAAAGGGAUCUAGCGAUAACGAUUCCGUUUCUCUCACCGUGCCUAAAACAACGCGCCAGCGAUUAUAGUGGAUCGUUCGGUAUCCUGGUAGCUUCGGGAUUGUCACUCAGAAAGGUGCAGAUCACUGACCAUGCUAUUAAGACGAACAUCAAUCAGCAGCCCAAACAACUUUACCGAGCAGACGCAACCAUAUAGUCGGCACUGUCGGAUCGAACCGAAAUCAUCUUCCUUUUUAUUUCAUUCGUUUCAGUUAAUUUCAAUUAAUUUCAGCUGUGUGUCAGUUAGUUCGCCCGUUAUUGAUUUUUCAGAUUUCAAUGAAAUGUCCUGCAGGUGGUCAACCGCUGACCUAUUCCAGCUUGGUUAUUCGGGUGUGGCUAAAAUAUGCGUACACGUAGUACAAUGCAUACGUCAGUGGCCAGACGAAAUAAACAAGUUCACAAAGCUUUUGUAUGGCCUGGCGGUCAGAGGUUAGGGGUUACACACAAGAGAGACGAACACAAAAAACAAAGUGUAGAAAGUUGAUGGGUGGAUGACGUCCAGCGAUAGUAUAUAUCGUCAAGUACAAGUAUAAUUCAAUGGUGUAUUAUGAUUUAAGAUCGUGAUAGUCUUGACGGAAAAAAGAACAGGCACGAAGAGCCUAUACUGGUGCGAAAAACAAAUCGAAGAUACUAGAAACGUAUUCUCUUGUCAAUGUUCAGAGCACAACGUGACACGCUGGUAAAGACCGCUGGCAUACAUUUCUAAUAAUGAAAACAUUACUUUUUUCGUCAUUCUUCCUGAAAUAAAAGAACAGUUCCAUUACAACAACAAACUGAAAACAUGUACCACGAUUAUUACACGAAGCUCAGACAAACCGACGAGUUCAUCAGAAAUAUGUAACGGAGCUUGAAUAUAGAAUAAGUAAGCUCUAAUGGACGCCGGACGUCCUUGUGGAAUCGAUAAACUGCUGGUAGUGUGAGCGGUUUCAGGCUGCCCGCCUAUAAUUUGUAUUACUAGACAUAAUAUAGAUUGAACUGAGGCCGAAUGCUUCUAUUUCGGCUGAAUGUGAUUUUUACUACUGAUUUGUUGUCUUGUCUUCUGUCCUCGUGGUGCCCACAAGACGCCGUUGUUCCAACCAGAACUUCAUAGUGCUCACCAACGACAAUAAUGAUAACAACAGUUAAGGUAUAAAAUGAAAAUUUUAGUAUCGAGGGUCAUAAGAGCUAGCUAUUUUAGCCGUUUCAAUUAAAUUAUUUUCAUAUAUAAAUGGAAAAAACAGCUUUCGUUAUUUUGAGUAUAUAAUUAUGUUCACGCUCACGUUUUAUACGCAAUUAAGAAAUAAUAAGCUUCUCUAUUUAGGAAAUAUAUUUUUCUGGAACUACCUAUUUCUAUCAAGUUAUGACGUAAAUAAAGUCUAGAAAAAAUUUUGUUUAUUUUUGGGUCUUAUCUGAUUCAAGAAAUUAUAGACACCGAUAGAGGUGACGUAUCCUAAAAAAUCCUGUCAUGCUUAAAACGUUUUCGGUCUCCCCUAUUGAUAUUCGUAUGAUGGCAUUAGUAAGGGAAAGUUUUUCCAUAUUACGACUAGCUGGUAACCUAGUCAUGAAUGUAAAUUUUUUUAUUUUGACAGGCGUUUUUACGCGUCCCACCCAGGUGUCGCUUUUCACCUUAUAGAAUAUGUUCGGAUAAGAGCAUACCUUUUUCGCAGGUAUUUUGAAUUUAUUAGAUUUACUGAUAUCUUUUUAAUCAGUUGUAUAUACCUGUCCAAUCGCGCACAGAGCUCCGCGUUUUGGCGGCAUGGGCGGGAUAUUCAAAAGAUACCAUAUUUGAGCAAACCGACAAGAAGCUAAUAAACAAGUAAAUUCUCUUAUCGUGAAUAUAACAAUAAGUUCUACAUUGAACAGACACUUACAUACAUGACACAAAGAACCAUACUAUAAAAUUUAUACGAUUACUAGUGUUUAUGGCUAUGAUUACUAACACAGAGUUACUUUGCUUUAAAUAGAAGCAAUGAUAAUAGAAGUACGGAACCUUUAUAGAGGCAGUAGAUUCUUGG